AUGUAUGGUUUGAAUUAUAGAAUUCCUCAUUCUAGAUAGGAUUCAUAUUAAGUUUAAAGAGUAGAUAAAUCUUCAAUAAAUUAAGGGAUAUAAGGAACAUAAAUGAUUCAUAAUGAUCGGUAUUUUUUUAAAAUAUUAAUUGUAGUAGUAGGAUUGAUUAAAAUGAUCAUUCUCCCUCUCCAUUAAUUCAUGGAAAGUAGAAAUUUUCAGUUUAAUCAAGUUAAUCAACAUCAGCAAAUCAUUCUAAAAAGACUUCAUUAUCUAAACCAAAAUAAACAUAAUAGAUAUCAUUUCUAAAUUAUUUGAUGCUUAAAAAAGAAGAUGAGGAAUAAGAUAAGCAAAUCAUUUAACAUCAAUAAUAAAAAUCAUCUUUCUAAUAAAAUAACUAUUUUACAAACGAUCUUCAAAUUUAAAGAAAUAUGUUUAAUUUUCUAUAUGUUAUUGGUGUUGGUGGAUUUGGUAAAGUUUGGAAGGUAGAAUAAAAAAAGAGCAGUUAGAUUUAUGCUUUGAAAGAGAUGUCAAAAGCAUUGUAUAAUGAUUAUUUAUAUAUAAGAAUAAUUGCAAAAAAAAGUGUUAAUUCAGUAAUGAACGAAAAGAAUAUUUUGAGUAGUCUUAAACAUCCGUAAUAAUUAUAAAAUUAAUAAUAGAUAUUUGGUUAAUAUCUAUUAUGCAUUUCAAGAUAGAGAAAAUCUAUUUUUGAUUUUGGAUUAUAUGUAAGGAGGUGAUUUAAGAUAUCAUAUAGGAAGAAUGCGUAGAUUUAGUGAAGAUUAAACAAGUAUAUAUUUUGAUGUAAAAAAGAGGAUUUUUUAUGGCAUGUAUAUUUUUGGGUUUAGAAUAUAUGCAUUCUUAAAAUGUACUACAUAGAGACAUAAAACCAGAAAAUUUGGUACUUGAUAAAAAUGGUAUAUCAUGUUACAAUAAUAGGUUAUAUAAGAAUAACUGAUUUGGGUAUAGCUAGAGUAUUAAGACCUGAAAAUGCUUAAGAUACAAGUGGUACUCCAGGAUAUAUGGCACCUGAAGUGAUGUGUCGAUAAAAUCAUUCAUUUUCAGUCGAUUACUUUGCACUUGGAGUUAUUGGAUAUGAAUUUAUGUUAGGGAAAGUAUAUAGCUAUAUAUUUAUUUUUAUUAGAGACCAUAUACAGGAAGAUCAAGAAAAGAAAUUAGAGAUUAAAUUUUAGCUAAAUAAAUUCAAAUUAAAAGAUCAGAAAUACCAGAAAGUUGGUCAUUAGAGUCUGCUGAUUUCAUUAACAGAGUAUAAAUAAUAUGAAUAUAUAGUUAAUUUAAAGAAAACCUUCUAAUCGUCUAGGAUUUAAUGGAGCUUAAGAAUUAAGACAGCAUUCUUGGUUCAAAAAUUUCCCUUGGUAAAAAUUAUAUAAUAAAGAAUUAAAAGCUCCUUUUAUUCCAAAUGUAAUUUAUUUAUAAUUUAUAUAUUAUAGUAAUCUGAAGAUAAUUUUGAUGCAAGAUAAAUUUCCAUAGAAAAUGAAGAAAAUGGAGAAUUAAUUUAAUAAAAUAUAUUAAUGCUUAGAAGAAAUUCCAUCUAAUGUAUUUAUAAAUUCAUAUCAAGCUUAAUUUAAUGGAUAUGAUCUUGAUAACUUUACUUAAAAAAGUGAGCCAAUCAAAUAGCAACUUAAUAAUAUUAAUUAUUGA